AUGGCAGAAAUCACUCUUGAUAGGACUCUCAUGCUUCUGUCAUCCGAGAAGCAGAGAGAGCGCUCGGAUGGUCUAGCUGAUUUGAAACAUAUACUCCAGCAAAAUAAAAGAAAUUCAAAGCUGAACUCACUGAAUGACAAAGCCUGUCAUAAGAUAUUUGAGUCACUUUUUCGCUUCAUUUCGUCUGAGAAAGCCCUUUAUAAUCGGGCAAAUUCCAAAGGCCCAUCUGCUUCUCGCUUAUCAACAUGUGCAUCUAUUCUACGAGCAACAGUUGAUGUCCUCCUGCAUAAUUUACGAGCCAAGUCUGUUCGUGCAGUUGUUGAUCACAUAACCGAAACUCUACAGGACCCUGGAAGUAGUUUGUUUGAGCUUCUCGGUGUUGAUUACACAAAAUGCUUGACCGCACUGCUUAACUAUCCACCACAUGUUGAGCAUUUGGGGGCUAGCGAAUGGGAGAAAGUAAUGGAAUUUUGUCUCAAUAUCCUGAAGACCCAAGAACAUGAAGAUAGCCGUUCACAUACAGGGAGCGAUCCUCGUUCCACCCUGGACGACUUCUUGGCCCCCAGAGGUACCCCCACACCGUCCAGGUCGACGCCAUCACUUACUUUCAGGGAGAAGACUAAAGGCGAUCAAAGUGCAAUCAGUGAAGCCAUAAUCUGUAUUCAACUGCUAACUGCAAGUGUCAAUGCUCCGAUUCAAGAACCCGCUGCAAGGAUCCUUCACGGGCUAGUGAAUUUUGUCAAGUUGUCGCCCAUUGCUGGAAGUGGACAUCAGACUGCAUUCAAUAGCAUUAAUUCGGUGGCCACGAGAGUGUUGUUUGACCAGUCUGAGCUGGUUCAAAGCAUACUACUGGAUUUAAUACCCGUAAUUUGUCACCUGUGGGCUACCAAACUCGUAGGGUUGAAAGACGAAUUGCUUGUCACCAUCAUAGUUUGCGUUGUUCUCUUGCGCGCAACAGCUCGACGGGAGCCAUCAGGACUGCUGAAUCGCUCGAUUGAAGACCUCUUGGAUGCUUUGUAUACAGAAUACAUCAAACGACCAGAAAAGGAUAUCUUACAAAUUGAUGAAUUGGUUUACCACCAAAAAGCUUCGGCAGCAACAGACAGAUUCUUGAUAUGGCCACGCCUUGACUGUGGCAGAUCGGAGCAUAAUUGGACCGUAAUCUGGGCUAUAGCUAACCUUGUGGAGUUAUCAGAAGAGACAGCCGCUCCACUGUCGCCGCCUCGUAUAGCAAGAGAGACGUUGAACAAGCGACAACGUCUCACAUCGAUGGUAGAUGAGAUUCACCGCGAUUGUGCUGCAUCCUCAGGUGCCAAAAGGAUCUGUGCUCUCCAGUUAAUCCCGCUUCUUCCGAGACACCAUGCUAGUGACGACUCGAAGUCAUCGUUGCUUCAGCGGUUGAUACCGAAUAUUCUUGACGACAAUAGCAUAUUAGCCUCCUGGACAAUGAUAGCUAUUGCAAGUCUUGCUGGCAGCCCCCAUGCAGACUCGUCAUCAUUGAGAGUAUUUUGGCAACAAGCCUGGGAUCUCACAUGUCGUGCUUCAACUUCUCAAGCCACUUCUAGGGCUUCCUGUAUUCUCAUGAAUAGCAUUCUUGAAUACAACCUCUUAGAAUACCCGGUAGUAGCAGAAGCAACGAGCUCAAUGCUAACAUCUGUCAAUUUAAACGGCCCGUCUACCAUGUCUGAUUCGUCGUUGAGUUUAUGGGCCACAACAAUUCGAAUGACUGCUCAAAUAAAUCCAGGCUCCCUUCCAAAUGCGUCAAAGCAAAUUUGCGCCUGGCUGCGAGAUGUCUGGACAAUCGGAACAGUAACUGAUCGAAUACAAUUGGCUCAACUUGCUGCAUUCGCCCGCCCCCUGGACCUUAUGAACCUGCUUCUAGCCUGCACCAAUAGACAUUAUGUCCCACCUAAGGCCCAGUUCAGAGGGCCGGUUAGCCUCAUUGCCAAAGGCUGGCACUUUCUCCGCAAGAACAGGCUACUGUUGGAUUAUCUCUUCCAGAUUGAAGGCGUGCUGGGUUUCGAUGUGCAUGAUACGCAAGAUACCAUCCACUUGGCAACAUUUUCACGACAUGACCCCAACGAUAAUAUGGUUUUGGAUCUGUUACAAGCAAAAUCCGAAAUUUUCUUGCAAACUUUUCAGUCAUUAUACGAAGAUAAAUCCCAUCAUAUAACAGUGGACAUCGUGCAAAUAGUUGCGUCUUUCUGUAUUCUCGUUGCUCUGUACACGGAAUGCCUGCCUCAGCAAUCUGCACCACGACUCCAAAGCCUACGACAAAACAGCGAUCGCCUGUGGGAAACCAUAUGCUCCUUCCUAGCCUCUCGCGAAUUUGAAUUUGUUCAAGGCUGCCUAACGCUUUUGUCGCCAUUCCUUGAUCCUGAAAAACUCCCUUUCAAUCCCGAAUCCAUCGUCUCAAAAGCUCUUUAUAUACUUAUCCCUCCAUUAGCGGGCCUUUUAGAGAGCCAUCGAAGAAGCCAGAGAGAGAGGCUAGCACCUCAGAAUGAAGAGGCUAUGGACUUGGAGGAUACUUUAUUUACUUCAAAAGAUCGACUGGCGGAUGCCACCUGCAUCAUUAAGUCUAAUAGAGAGGCGCUACCCUUGUUCCAUGAUUUUCCCUCCUUUCAACGGUGUAUCACCAUUCAGCUCUCUGUCUUCCAGAGAGUACACGCAUUCUUAUGCAGCCCCCAGCAGUCUUCCAGUAGGGCUCUGGUUGAGUACUUACAUGAUUUAGACGAAGUUGACAUCUUAGCCGCCGCGGACUUCCUGCCUCAUGUCUACUGUGCGAUUUCUGGAAUAGACCGCAAUUCGUUACUCCACAUCCUUGAGGACUUGGCUGAAAAGUGCCUACAGACAUAUGAGUUAGAGCGCUGUGAGGCUUCCCACCUUCUUUGUGUUCAUAUGAUGCGCAUUUUUGUCAAGUCAUGGGUCAAUUCAGAAGUCGAUGCUUUCAGUGACUCUGCCUCUGACAUUUAUGCAUGGCUCAGAGAUGUAUUGUUGGCAAAGGACCUGGCGUCACCUUCAGUUCUAGUUGCGUUCAGUGAACUCCUCGUGGAUGUUAUCAACAACGACGCCUCAUACUCAAGCAGUGAAUCAAGCACAUCCCCCCGAACCAACCUUCUGGAGAUUUUGAAGAAAGGCAGCAUACCAGUUAAGUUUAAUGUUGGGAAUCUAAUUCCCCAAUUGUUUGGCCAGUAUCCACUAAACGACCAUGAUUUCAUAUUUAACGACGUGCUGAGACAUCUUCCUAAAGAAUCAGAUUGGGUAGAGGGCAUUGCCCUUCGUUUGUUCAUUUUAGGCCAAUUAGCUUCGCGGUGGCAUACCUUACUGCGAAAGAGCAUUUACCAUUUGUUUGAAACUCCGGCACACGUACCACAUUCGCUGCGGUAUGCUGAGAAGUGUAUACGUGGUGUAGCCAGAACGCUUGGACUCAAAGAUGCGAAAGAGCUCUUCCGGUUAUUCUCUUCUCAAAUCCUCUACACCUGGACAGAGCAAGAAUCAACCAUAACUAUGCCUUUCAGCAUCUUCGGCUAUGCAGAUAUCGAAGACAUGUUGGGUGAUGUACAAGACGAAAUUGUUGGUCAAGUUAUGAUGCGUGCAAGAGAAGACGAGGAGAUGGAGCUCUCGAAACAUAUAGGAAAGCCUUUCAUUAAGCUUUUGGCAGCAUCUUUCUACAAGGCGGAAGCCUACAGUAUCGCCCGAGACAUUAGUACCCCCCCUGAGCAGGGUAGCCAGCCUAAGGGCGCUGAGACCCGGCUCAAAAAGAUACUAGGGACUAACUACUUUAUGGAAUUGGUCGAUCGGCAAUUUCCACAGAUGAUAGCAACUUUUUUCGGGUCGCUCGAUCAAUAUGAACAAAUAGAGAGAGCACUCUCAAAACGUGUGGAGUUUCAGGAUUCUCUUAAGGUUUUAAGAUGCAUUGUCGGCAAGAGCGCUUCAAAAAUCGUUCUUCCAGCAAACCAACAACCCUCAUUCAGGGCUCGAUAUCUCAUUGAUGAGCUAGAGUUUCUCUGUAAACGCAGCGGGUACGAGCUUGGGACAAUUUGGACGCCUGCUCUGGCUUCUUAUGUUUGCCGAACUCUCUUAGAAUCAAUCCAUCCAGCACUCGGUUCUUUCCAUGCUUGUUCUGUGAUCCGAAAGAUUAGGAUACUGCUUUCCGUGGCCGGGUCUGUCAUGCUGAGGGACUAUCCGUUUGAGAUGGCUAUACAAUCUAUGCAGCCGUUUCUGGUAGAUAUCUAUUGCUCAGAAGAUGCAUUAGGAAUCUUCUGGUAUUUGUUGGAGGCUGGACAGCCUUAUUUGACAGAGACCCCUAGUCUCAUGGCUGGGAUUACAGUCUCCACAUUGCUGUCCUUAAAGAGGUUUCUGACGUCUCCACCAGCGGAUACAGCUCAGCAGAGUCAAUCGAAAGUGGUAAUGUCAAAUACGCAACGAUUCCUUGAGUGGUUUGAGAAUUACUUGCAUUCUUACGAGUCGUCCUUGGAUCCAGAAAUAAGGGAGCCUUUUUGUCGGUUGGUAAAGUCUUCACAGGUUGCUAGCUCAGCUGAACCGCGCUCAGAUAACAAAAACGAGCGUGAUAUGAUUUUAGAAAUCCUUGAUGACCGGAGUUCUGAGAACAGUCUUCUGAGCAAGCCUGUCUCCGACCACGUCAUAGCACUGCUCUGCGCUGACUCGAAGGAGCCUCUUGAAUACCGUGACAAGUUUAACGAAACCGACAAAGACACGGCUUCUAACAUAGUAGCCAUCUACCAAACUUUGCAGAAUCUCGACACCGGGUCUAGAUACCGGUUAUGGGCUGCGAAAGCCAUCGGGCGCGCUUUUGCUUCCACAGGCAAAAUCAGUGACGUUCUUCUCAGGGAGCAAGAGCUGACCCUCUUCAAAUCUCAACAAUCACAGUUGCGCUUAGGGGUUCACUGCCAUUCUAAAGCCAGCAUACUUCAAAUACUAUGCAGCAUGGUGCAAAACAGCAGUCGUAUAGAAGUGGGACUCGUUGAGCGAACAUUACAGCUCAUCAUAAGUAAUCUUGCCAAGUAUCCGGAUUUCGAGCAAUGCGCUGGUAUCGUGCCUUUGUCCUUGAUGAAAGCCUUCACGUGGAGCCCCUACCAGUGUCCGCCUAUGCCGUUUUUUGCUUUAGACACAGAAGAGCACGAUGCUAAAGUCAGCUGGAAGUCAAGCAAACCCUUAUCUCAGUGGGCUCGCAGUAUAGCGCUGCUCUUGUCAAAAGCUGCAUCUGAAGACCCUGUCAUCGGGUCACUAGGCCACAUUCUCUAUGCUAUCCCUGAUUUGGCCAUUCAAAUCCUGCCAUACAUGCUUCAUGAUGUCUUACUUGCAGAACUUCAGGGAGAAGCGAAUGUCCGCCAGACAAUCUCCGAGAUAUUCAAACAAGCUCUAUCUGAUGUCCAUGACAGUACUAUCCAACAUGCACGACUUGUCAUCAACUGCAUUCUCUAUCUUCGAAAUCAGCCGAAGCUAAAUGAGGCGACAAUAGUAGAGCGUGAUGAAUGGCUCGAGGUAAACUUCGUAGAGGCAUCAUUGGCUGCCAGCAGGUGCUGUUUACCAAAGACAGCACUCCUCUUCCUUGAGAUACAUGCAUCUCGCAUAGUUUCUAGCUCGCGCCGUUCCUCGCUUACCAAAUUCGAUGCUCCCUCUGACAUGUUACAGGAAAUAUUCAAGGAAAUAGAUGAUCCUGACUUUUUUUACGGAAUCCAACAGAGCCCCUCUUUGGACUCGGUUAUGGAAAGACUCCAGCAUGAAAGCUCGGGGUUUAAGAGUCUCCUCUUUCAAAGUGCGCAGUAUGAUAGUGAGAUCCAGAUGUCAGAGGACGCAAACGCCUACGGCGUUCUUAAGGCACUUAACUCGACAAAUUUGCAGGGAAUCGCCAAUUCUAUCUUUUCUGCAUCCGGUGGAGGCCUCCAGGAUACAUCGGGCUCAUUUGACAGUAUGCUACAAGCUGCAAUGAAUCUACGGCAAUGGGAUAUUCCCGUGUCGCCCUUGAAUCCCUCACCUUCCGCCACUGUCUUCAGAGCUUUCCAGAGCCUUAACACAUCUGGAACCUUGACUGAGGCCACUAAGUGUAUCAACGAAUGUCUUUUGACAAGCUUAGACUCCCUUACAAGCACAGGUCGAUCGGCCAAGUCUCUGCGCACUGCGAUGAGGGUUCUUGGGAUCAUCACUGAAAUUAGUGACGUCUUGAAUGCCAAAUCCACAGAAGAAAUCAACUGCGAGUGGCAGAGCAUUGCUGCCAGGGACUCUUGGAUGAAGACCACUAGUGUCCAUGAAAUCGGUGAAAUAUUAAACUCUCACGAAGCUCUCUUCUCAUCAAUCAAACGAAAGGUGCAUUUAAGAUCCUUGACCAAUAUAAGCAAUCAUGAUGCACAGCUUCUGGAGGUUAAAGCCAUUCGCCAAUCACUCCAGGUCACCAGAGACCAAGGCAUCCAACAAGCUUCACUAAAAUCGGCGGUUUGCCUCUCUAAGCUCGCACACCAAUGCUCCUCGCUAGGAAUCAAUAUUGAGGGGGCAGCAAAGUUCGAUCUGGCUAAUGUUUUAUGGGAUCAAGGCGAAAUGGCUGUAUCCAUUCGGAUGCUCAAUCAGCUCAAAGACCAAAAUGAUCUGCAUAAGCAGGUUGUACCAAUCAGUCGUGCAGAGCUUCUGGUGACUUUAGGCCACCAUGUUGCGGAAGCGCGUCUCGAGAAACCAGAAGUUAUCAUCCAAGACUACUUAAUAGCCGCAGUCAAGGAGCUAAAAGGUCGCACUGGGGGUGAAGAGGCCGGUAGAGUCUACCAUGGGUUCGCCACGUUUUGUGAUCAGCAGCUACAGAACCCCGACGGGCUGGAAGAUUUCACGCGAGUUGAGCAAAUACGUAACCGUAAGGAAAAGGAGGUGCGAGCAUUGGAGGAGAUGAUGAAGACCGCAGAAGGAAGAGAGAGAGAGGCUCUUAAAUUCCAUCGAACAAGAACGAAGCAAUGGUUCGAUCUUGAUGAUCGCGAAUAUCAACGUCUGCGACGAAGUCGGGAAGCCUUUCUGCAGCAAUGUCUCGAAAACUAUCUUCUUUCUCUGAGGGAAAGUGAAACUUACAACAAUGACGUCCUCCGUUUCUGUGCGCUGUGGCUUGAUAAGUCUGACAGUGACAUCGCAAAUGUGGCUGUUUCUAAACAUCUCAGCCAAGUCCCAAGUCGGAAAUUUGCCCCCUUGAUGAAUCAGUUAACCUCGCGCCUGCUAGAUGUGUCUGAUGAUUUUCAGAAAAUGCUCUUCUCUUUAAUUACUCGCAUUUGUGUUGAACACCCAUUUCACGGUAUGUAUCAGAUAUUUGCGAGCAGCAAGUCCAAGGGAGGUAAGGAUCAAUCUGCUCUGUCGCGCAAUCGAGCGGCUGGAAAGUUGGUGGAAGGUCUGAAGAACGACAAGCGCAUAGGGCCAACAUGGGUUGCCGUUCACAAUACGAAUAUAAACUAUGUACGGUUUGCUAUUGAUAGGCCGGAUGAAAAGCUGAAGAGCGGCGCAAGGGUUCCACUGAAAAAGUUACAGACUGGUCAACGUCUGGAGCAGGAUGCUGCGACACAGAAAUUACCACCGCCCACAAUGCACAUCGGUAUCCGGGUUGAUUGCGAUUACAGUGAUGUGCCUAAGCUUGUUAGGUAUCAUCCUGAAUUCACAAUUGCAUCUGGUGUCAGUGCGCCAAAGAUCGUCUCCGCCUUUGCAAGCAAUGGUUUACGAUACAAGCAACUGUUCAAAGGAGGAAAUGAUGACUUGCGGCAAGACGCUAUCAUGGAGCAGGUAUUUGAACAGGUUAGCAACCUGCUUAAGGACCAUCAGGCUACUCGGCAGCGAAACCUAGGUAUUCGCACAUACAAAGUUCUCCCUCUUACAUCAAAUGCGGGAAUAAUCGAAUUCGUGCCUCACACUAUCCCACUGCACGAUUAUCUGUUGCCUGCCCAUCAAAAGUUCUAUCCGAAGGACAUGAAACCAAACGUGUGCCGUAAACAUAUUAGCGAUGUUCAGACGCGGUCACUUGAACAACGCGUGAGGACAUACCGACAAGUUACCGAACAUUUUCAUCCUGUCAUGAAGUAUUUUUUCAUGGAGAAAUUCAACAACCCAGACGACUGGUUUGGCAAGAGGCUCGCGUAUACACGGAGCACCGCUGCGAUUUCAAUACUGGGUCAUGUUCUUGGACUUGGCGAUCGCCAUGGCCAUAACAUCUUGCUUGACGAGCGGACUGGUGAAGUGGUGCAUAUCGACUUAGGCGUUGCAUUCGAGCAAGGCCGAGUGCUACCGGUUCCAGAGGUCGUCCCAUUCCGUUUGACACGAGAUCUUGUCGAUGGGAUGGGAGUUACUAAAACGGAGGGUGUCUUCCGCCGUUGUUGCGAAUUCACGCUCGAGGCUUUACGGGAGGAGUCUUAUAGUAUCAUGACCAUCCUUGACGUGCUUCGUUAUGAUCCACUGUACAGCUGGACUGUAUCUCCUUUGAGGAUGAGGAAAAUGCAAGACGCCCCAGAAGCUGGCAGCGGACCGCCCGUAUUGCCCGGUGCUGCCGAUCAACGGUCAACCAAUGAACCAAGUGAAGCCGAUCGUGCGUUGACAGUCGUGGCAAAGAAAUUGGGCAAAACACUGAGUGUUACGGCAACUGUAAAUGAGCUGAUUCAGCAAGCGACGGACGAGAAGAACCUUGCGGUCCUCUAUUGCGGUUGGGCUGCCUAUGCUUAA